AUCCAAACCGCGCCAGAAUGCUAUGGUAAAAGCUCCAGAAUCCAAACUCCCAAAACCGAAAACUCGUUCCUAAAGCAGCAGCAGCAGAAGCUUUGCCUGUUUGGCAUGCGCCCUUCAAACCCUCUGCGGGAUGGCAUCGCAAUCCGAUCCAAACACGUUUGGCGUUCGAAUCGUGUCGAUAGACUACUACAUGUCUCCUCCCAUUCCCGAUCUCGACAUCUGUUACAGCACCUUCCAAGGUGGGGACGUGGCAGAGAUUCCAGUUAUUAGGAUAUAUGGCUCUACUUUGUCUGGACAAAAGACCUGCUUGCACGUUCAUCGAGCUUUGCCCUAUUUAUAUGUGCCCUGUUCUGAUGUCCUUCAAACUCCUCAGGAAGGUUAUGCGUACACACAACUUGUAUCCCAUGCUAUGGAGAAGGCUUUGAAGCUUAAAAGUUCUGCUGGAUCUAAAAGACAGCAUGUGCACGGUUGCAGCCUUGUUCGGGCAAGGAGAUUUUAUGGUUAUUAUUCCACAGAGGAGCUAUUUGUAAAGAUUUACCUAUAUUAUCCCCAUGAAGUUGCUCGUGCUGCUACUUUGCUUUUGGGUGGUGCUGUGCUAAAUAAAAGUUUCCAGCCUUAUGAAUCGCAUUUCCCCUAUCUUCUCCAGUUUUUGGUUGACUACAACUUGUAUGGAAUGGGCCUCAUACAUUUAUCCAAGGUGAAGUUCCGUCAUCCAUUACCUGUUAACUUAAGCCCAAGAGCAGUCCGUCACAGCAACCAGUACAGAAACCAAUGUAGACAUGACACUGAGGAAUUCCCAAGGGAAUCUGGCAGCUUCCAGGCAGAUUCAAAUAGUGAGGCAUGUCAAAAUCCAGCUGUUUGGCUUUCUUCCACAAUCCCAAGUGGUUGGAUGUGGCCAUCAGCUACUGGGCAUGAUUGUUCACUGGAUCAGGGGAUGCACCUGAUCAGACGUCAAAGUACAUGUGAGCUUGAGGGAGAUGCAAGUGUGGAUGAAAUUCUAAAUCAGCAAUGUAAAAUGUAUACGUCCCUUUCUCAGACUAGAUCAGAGGUGAAAAUGGUUCAGUCACUUGUGCCAAUUUGGGAGGAGGAGUAUGAAAGGACGGGAAUGCAUGAGAUGGUGAAAUCUCCAGAUUGCAGCAAGCCAACUCCAGAAAAUGUAUUGAGAACUUUCUCACAUGGGCUUGAGUUUAAAACUGCACUCUUGGACUUAUGCAUGAAAGCACAAAACUCAUUUUCUCAAGUUAGUCUAUAUGAGGAGGAUGGGAAGUUUGUGAAAUCUAUAAGAUCUUUAGCUGAUUCGGGUGAUUUACAUGCACUCGAGGAGCAUGUUAAAUCCAGCAAUUCUCAUGGAGAAUCCGUGAAGUGCCUGAAAGAAGAAACUAAAAUUGGAUCUGCAUCAGAACGGGGAUCAUUGUCUGAAGAGGGUGAUGAUGCAAAACCUUCAGACCAGAUGGACGGAUUCGAUGGAUUAUCACCAAUUGUUGAGGAUAUGGUUACUCAAAUUCCUGAAACCUCAAAUCCAAAGGUGGCCGAUUGUGAGGCCCUUGGGAUUCUAAGGUGGCUUGCCUCUUCUCAAGCUAUGGAGGAUUUAAGCACUGAUGAUGAGCUUAUUCAUGAGGCUAUUUUGAGUCCUCUGUUGCCCAUGACAACCAUAGAUAAAGUUCUGGAGAAAGCACAUUUGGAUUAUGAGAGUGAAUCCCAGCAAGAAUGUCAAGACAUUCUUGACUCGGUUGAGGUUGAGGAGCAGGCCCCACGUUCUGAUUAUCAUGCGCAUUCAGUCAGAGUUUCAACAGAGAAUACUAUUCCUCAAGUAGAUGGCUCAUUUGAUGAUCCAAUAACUACUGCUCAGAUGGGUAAUUCAUCUGAAGUUGAGACGAACAAUGAGGUCGGUCGGUCUUCUCUGCAUUCAGUAAUGGAAGAUACCAGUACAGGCCAUGGCAAACACAGAAGCAAUAAACAAUUAUGGGGCUCUCUGCCCUUCUUUAUGAAGAAAAAGGUGCAUGAAGAUUCAGAGUCUUCUCUGAAUUCUAACGAGACAUGUUCUGAUGAGGUGAGAAAUGGCACUGAUGCUAGUUCAUCGGCUGGAAAUGAUGCUUCUAUGAUCAAUGUAGAGGCUGAAUUUUCUGGUCUAAAGGAAGGAAAGACACUAACUGGGUGUUCUGUAAGGGAUUUAAUGAGGAGAAAACGCUGCUACCGGGUUGAUCCAUCUGAAUAUGGAAGACAUAAAAUUAAGAAGAUGGUUUCUGCAAAGGAACGAAAUGAGGAGGCAUGUUUUAGUCCAGUGCAUCAUGCAUCGCAGAGUGUUGUACCACCUAUCAUCUCCGUUGAAACAACUCAUGUUAAAUCAUUACUGACUGAUCUCACUGACCAUGGAUCAGCUGUUCAAGAGAGAAACUCAGGUGCUGCAACUUGCAGAUCAGGGGCUGCUUCUGAGGGUUCUAGACUUAAACCUGCUAUUUAUAACUUUCCCAGGUAUGGAAAAUUACCUUUCCCGUCCUGCACUGCUAGGUCAUUGCAGGUUGAUGCAUUUUCGAAUGAGAAUUUUGGUUUUAAUGAUAAUUGGAGGGAUAGAGAAAGCAUUGGAACUUCUGCUGAAUCAGAAGGCUUUGCCAUCACGGGUCCAUCCCGGUUGGUCGAGGAAUCUGUGGAGGUACCAGAAUGCUUCAACUCAGAGCUAGGCCUCACAAAAUAUUCAGGCUUUGGUGAAUGCUGUGAAGUUAAAGUGGAGUCAUAUUUGAGUUCCUCGAAACUUGUAGAGUCUGAUGUCUGCAGUCAUGAACCUGAAUUGUUACUUAAUGGUGCAGUGUUGAAAUACGAUGAGGACAGAGCUGUCAGUGGAGGAUUUCACCAACUGCAUACUGUUCCUCCGAGCUGUUUCAUGAAUGUUCCUGCUGAGAGUGUGAGCUUCGUUAAAGACAAUUACAUUGACAACAAAGAGAAAGAGGGUCAUGUUGAUACAGAGGGUGUUCUUGAUAUGCCUUCCGGGAAGCACACAGAGCCAAAUUAUACAUUUAAUGCCAAUGAACUGCAAAUUGAGAACAAUAAAAGCAGAGAAGCAGACAUGAAAAUCUUUUCAUCUGGUUCCAAAAGGACAUUGAGAACAGAUGUCAGCACAGGAAAAAAUCACAUGGAAUGUAUUGAGAUGACCUUUAGGAGGAAACCCCCCACAGCAGACUUGAUAGAUUGGAACUUUGGAGAUGCUUCUCUGGCACCUUUUGUGGAAAAUCGUGAUUUUCUUGGCGAUGCGGGCAAUCGUGACAUGACGUUAGCUUGCGACAACAAUUUACAGUGUUUUAAAGGGAGAUAUUCAGAUGAUUUUCCUCCAUUCUUUGCAAACAUCUGCCAAGAAGGGAAAGAUUUUUGCCAUGAAUCUUACAGAAGUAGAGAAAUUCCAAAUUUUCAUACAGAAAAUGUGUUGGGCAUUCCAACUCACUAUCAAAAUGAUGGUUCUUUUUUAUUCUUACUAACUCCUGCAUUUUCACCGCCAUCUUCAAAUGUUGUUCGUCAAUGGCUUUUGCAACUGGAACAUCACAAUUCCACAGAUAUUUUGGCAGGUACCUCAAGGGAGAACAUCCAUGAAGUGUUGAUGGAACCUUCUUCUCCAAAGUAUGACAGUAGUUUAAGGCUCAUAAAUGAAGAGAAUGCUUGUUUUAGUCAUGGAAGAUCAUCAUCUGAGCUUCAAAAAAUGCAUACAGUUUCUUCUUGUGAUCCGAUUAAUCCAGAAGGCUCCAGGGGUGAUGGUUUUUACCGGACUCUGCCAGAAUCUAACUCUUUACCUAAUGUGAGGCUUGAUCUGUACCAAUCAAGUCAAGAUAACAAUGGAAACCCUGAGACGAAAAUUACUCCAAGUCAUACUAAUAGAGUGAUAACUAAAUCCGAAAGUAAAGGAAAUCAUGUGAAAGUGAAGAGCUGCUCCAAGAAUUGGCAAGAGGUAUCUCAGAUUUCAGGGCCAGAUACAAAAUCAAAGCUUACCCCUCUUAGUCAGACUGGUUUCCGUGAUCCUGCAAGUGUUGGUGCUGGUCAACAACUAACACUGCUAAGUAUAGAGGUUCUGGCAGAAUCAAGAGCAAAUUUCCGACCUGAUCCUCGAUUUGAUGGCAUCAACAUUAUAGCUCUCACAAUGCAGGAGGAUAGCAGUCAUGCUCUUGAAGUUUAUGUGCUCUUGCGCGUUAACAACGAGGGAUCAUGUCAGAGAAACCUUGAUGGUGUAUCUGGCUGCAAGGUGGUAAUGGCGUCUGAGGAAAAGCUCCUAUUUGAUCAUUUUGUGAAGAUUAUUUGCUCACUUGAUCCAGAUAUUUUGAUGGGUUGGGAAAUUCAGGGCAGUUCCCUUGGUUUUUUAGCCGAAAGGGCUGCACAUCUUGGCAUAGGUUUGCUAAAAAACAUUUCUCGAACGCCUGCAUUUGAGACCAAAGUUGCACCUAGUGAUUUGGAAGAUCGUGGCAAGGGAAUUGCUGAUAAUCUACUGCCGGAAGCCAUAAUUGCUGAUCCUAUCAUGCUCGAAGAUUCAAUAAUUGAAGAUGAAUGGGGUCGUACUCAUGCCAGUGGGGUCCAUGUGGGUGGAAGGAUUGUUCUCAAUAUUUGGCGACUUAUGCGCUCUGAAAUUAAGCUAAAUAUGUACACUGUUGAAGCAGUGGCUGAAGCAGUUCUGAGGCGAAAAAUUCCGUCAAUUCCCUGCAAAACAUUGACUAAAUGGUUUUGUAGUGGAUUUAGACGUGCAAGAUUUCGAAGUAUUGAACAUGCCAUAGAGAGGGCGAAGCUAAAUCUUGAGAUAAUGAAUCAACUUGAUAUGAUAAAUCGAACGUCAGAGCUUGCUCGUGUUUUUGGAAUUGACUUUUUUUCAGUCCUUUCUCGAGGUUCACAAUAUCGUGUUGAGUCUAUGUUUUUGAGGCUGGCACAUACACAAAAUUAUCUUGCCAUAUCUCCUGGGAGACAUCAGGUAGCUUCACAACCUGCAAUGGAGUGUCUUCCCCUUGUGAUGGAGCCUGAAUCUGGGUUUUAUACUGAUCCAGUUGUUGUUUUGGAUUUCCAAUCUCUUUAUCCAUCAAUGAUAAUUGCAUACAACCUUUGCUUUUGCACUUGCCUUGGUAAAGUGGUGCCUUCAAAAGAAAAUACGCUUGGUGUGAGCUCUUUUUCACCAGAUCGACAGAUUUUUAGUGAUUUGAAAGAUCAAAUAUUACUUACUCCGAACGGUGUUAUGUAUGUGCCUCCAAAGAUCCGUAAAGGUGUGCUUCCCCGUUUGUUAGAGGAAAUACUAUCAACUAGAAUCAUGGUGAAGAAAGCAAUGAAGAAGUUAGCGCCUUCACAACGAGUUUUACAUAGGAUAUUUAAUGCUAGGCAACUUGCUUUGAAGUUGAUAUCAAAUGUUACUUAUGGCUAUACAGCCGCUGGAUUUAGCGGCCGCAUGCCUUGUGCUGAACUUGCAGACAGCAUUGUCCAAUGUGGCCGCAAAACACUUGAAACGGCUAUUUCUUUUGUAAAUACUCAUGAAAAUUGGAAUGCUAGAGUAAUUUACGGUGAUACAGACAGCAUGUUUGUCCUCCUUAAAGGACGCACCAUGGAACAAGCAUUCCGAAUUGGACAGGAGAUUGCUUCUGCAGUAACUGCAAUGAAUCCAAAUCCAGUCACAUUGAAAAUGGAGAAGGUGUAUUAUCCAUGUGUUCUCCUUACAAAGAAGCGCUAUGUUGGGUAUAGCUAUGAGAGUCCUGACCAAAGAAAACCAACAUUUGAUGCCAAAGGUAUUGAGACAGUACGCAGGGAUACAUGUGCAGCUGUUGCAAAAACGUUGGAGCAGUCACUAAGAAUACUUUUUGAACAUCAGGACGUUACCCUUGUCAAAGAGUAUUUGCAUCGUCAGUGGACACGAAUCCUCUGUGGCAAGGUGUCUCUUCAGGACUUUGUGUUUGCAAAAGAGGUUCGCUUGGGUACAUAUAGGUCGUCUUCACUACCACCAGCAGCACUUGUCGCCACUAAAGCAAUGAGAGCUGAUCCAAGGGCGGAACCACGCUAUGGGGAGCGCAUACCAUAUCUUGUAAUACAUGGAGAGCCUGGGGCCCGGCUUAUUGACAUGGUCGUAGAUCCUUUGGAUCUUUUGGACAUCAAUUCUCCCUAUAGAUUAAACGAUCUAUAUUACAUCAACAAACAGAUAAUCCCCGCAUUGCAACGGGUAUUCAGGCUUCUGGGCGCCGACUUGAACCGGUGGUUUUCGGAAAUGCCACGCCCGGUUAGACCGACUUUAGCCAAAUUCCACCGUCACACAUCGAGUGCGGGAUCUGCAUGUGAGUUUGAUGAUGAUAAUAGGAACAUGAUUUCAAGGAAAGCACCAGCAAACAAGACUCGAAUAGAUUACUAUUAUCUCUCAAAGCACUGUACCCUUUGCGGGGAGUUGGUCCAAGGAUUGAACUAUUUGUGUGACAAGUGCUCUAAGAAGGAACCUGUUGUGGCGGCGGCUGUGAUUGGUAGAACUUCAAAAUUGGAGAGGGACAUCCAGCACCUAUGUGCGAUAUGCAGGCAUUGCGGUGGAGGUGAUUGGAUUGUAGAAAGUGGGGUGAAAUGCACAUCACUCGCAUGCUCGGUAUUCUAUGAGAGACGGAAAGUCCAAAAGGAAUUGCAAUCUCUUUCUGCCGUCACCACGGAGGCUGGAUUUUACCCAAGAUGCAUGGCAGAGUGGUUCUGAUGGUAUGCCUACUUCAGCUUGUGUUUGACGAGAAUCUAAAUGUGCACAUAGCCUCUUUCUUUGUAAUAUUGUCUGGGCCUUUCACUGGCAAGGAUUUCAACAUCGGAUGUUGAUGGGUCCCAUGUAUUAUUACUGUAUAAUCUCUGUAUGUGUUAUGUAUCAUUGAGGUUGAUUUUUUUCCAAGGCAAGAGUUGGAUAGAUCAGGCAUAAUAAAGAGCCAUGCAUGGUAGCAAA